AUGCUCUCUCUACUACCUAUCUUCUCUUUGAUUAUUCCGACUUUGGCUGUGCCCCAGGUCAAGCUUGGGAACACAGUCAUCACCGGCGCCUCAUUUUUAGAAUCAGGCGUCGAAUUUUUUGGCGGAAUACCAUUUGCACAACCACCAGUUGGAGAACUCCGCCUAAAGCCUCCUGUACUUGCUACUGUUCUCGACACCCCGACUUUUAAUGCCACGAAGUUCGGUCCGUCUUGUCUCAACACGGCCUUCCCUAAAGCUUUGGUUUCCGAGGAUUGCCUGCAGCUAAAUGUGUUUAGACCUACCAACGUUACUUCGAACGCAAAGAUUCCUAUUUUAUUUUGGAUAUACGGAGGCAAGCCCACAAGUCUUUGUUCCAAUGAAUGUCUAUUGAUUUGUUACAUUUCAGGAGCCUUUUCAGCCGGUGCUACUUUGAAAUACAAUGCUACCAGCCUUGUCGCUCAAAGCAUGACCAGGGGAACUCCCAUUAUAGUUGUCAGUGCGAACUAUCGACUUGGGCCCCUUGGGUUCCCUCCAACCGUAGAGGCUGCCAAGAAAGGGUCGCUCAACUUAGGAAUCAAAGAUCAAAUCGCGGCCUUGAAAUGGGUCCAAAAUAACAUUGAGAUUUUUGGAGGCGACAAAUCAAAGGUCACAAUCUUUGGAGAAAGCGCCGGCGGAAACUCUGUCACUCUUCAUUUCUUAGGCAAGCACAUAAAGGGUCUUGCCAGAGCAGCCAUAGCUCAAUCUGCUCCUAUUGUGCCUUCCUUCCUCCCAGGGAGGUAUCAAGACAGGUGGACGAGCUUCAUUUCUGCCAUACCUGAGUGCGCUUCGUUGGCCAAUUCCACCAACACAUUCGACUGCCUGCGCGGCAAUGUUACCACCGCUUCCCUUCUUCAAGGCUUCGCGGCCUCAACCACCGAUGUUCGAACAGACUUGACCUACUUCCCCACUAUUGAUGGACCGCAAGGUAUACUCCCAGACUUACCGACGAAAUUAAUCCCCACCGCACGCCUUCCAGUCAUCCUGGGUUCCAACUUGGAUGAAGGGACCUUCUUCAUUGACCAGCAUGUUAAUUCGACGGAGCAGAUCAGCAAGCAGCUUACUGAUCUCUGCAAACCCGCACUGCUUGGAGAAAAAUUGCUAAAUAAUGCAAUGAAGCAGAUACUGCGCCUCUACCCUGACAUUCCUGCACUCGGUUCACCGUUCAAUACAGGUAACCAAACGUUUGGGUUGAGCAGCCAGUACAAGCGCGGUGCAGCCAUCCUGGGAGAUUGGAUUUUCCAAGCGCCACGACGCGCAAUGUCAACUUCACUGAGAGAGCAGGGGAUCCCGGUGUAUGGGUACCAGUUCACAGAACCCACAGCAAUUUCACCAAUCGCUCCGGAUCCGAGGACAGUCGCUCCGGGAUCAAUUGCAGUCACUCAUGGUGCUGAGAUCCCGUUUGUGAUCACUGGGGUGACGAAUGGUACAGCGGCCGCAGAAGCUCUGCAAAUCAUGAUGCAAGACUACUGGAUCUCGUUUGCAGUUACGCUCAAUCCCAACGAUGGGAAAGGAAGUAACCGCCCAAAAUGGGAGGAAUAUUCCGUCUCCAAGCCUACUGUGUUGCAGCUGCAAGGUGGAGACGUCAAGGCCGUCCCAGACACUUACCGCGAUGCCCAGAUGCGGUUCAUAAAUUCGAUACCUCAUGUUUUCCAUCGUUAA